AUGUGUGAAGAGAACAUUCAUGUUAGUGAAGACGUUGCUGGCGGUGGAGGCUCUUUUACGAAUGCCAGGCCUAGAUUGAUUGUACUAAUAAGGCAUGGGGAAAGUGAAUCGAAUAAGAACAAGGAGGUGAACGGUUAUAUUCCCAACCACCUGAUUUCUUUGACUAAAACAGGUCAAAUCCAAGCUAGACAAGCUGGGAUUGACUUAUUACGUGUUUUAAACCUAGAUGAUCACAACUUAGUAGAAGGUUUAGCUAAAAAAUAUAUUAAAGACGAAAGUAAUAGGAGAAUUUUACCGUUGAAGGGUUAUACUAGACUAAGUAGAGAAAAGGAUACAAACAUAGUCUUUUACACAUCACCAUACAGGAGAGCGAGGGAAACAUUGAAAGGUAUUCUGGACGUCAUCGAUGAAUAUAACGAAUUGAAUAGUGGUGUUCGUAUUUGUGAGGAUAUGAGGUAUGACCCUUGUGGUAAGCAGAAACAUGCCUUUUGGCCCAGAGGACUUAAUAAUACCGGUGGUGUUUAUGAAAAUAAUGAAGAUAAUAUUUGUGAAGGGGAACCUGGAAAAUGUUACCUGCAAUAUCGGGUUAAGGAUGAACCAAGAAUAAGGGAACAAGAUUUUGGUAAUUUCCAAAAGAUCAAUAGCAUGCAGGAUGUUAUGAAGAAGAGAUCGACUUAUGGUCAUUUCUUUUUCAGAUUCCCUCAUGGGGAAAGUGCAGCAGAUGUGUAUGACAGAGUGGCCAGUUUUCAAGAAACUUUAUUUAGGCACUUUCAUGAUAGGCAGGAGAGAAGGCCCAGGGACGUUGUCGUUCUUGUCACACACGGUAUUUAUUCCAGAGUUUUCCUGAUGAAAUGGUUUAGAUGGACCUACGAAGAGUUUGAAUCGUUCACUAAUGUCCCCAACGGAAGUGUAAUGGUAAUGGAGCUGGACGAAUCUAUUAAUAGAUACGUCUUGAGGACAGUGUUGCCCAAAUGGACCGAUUGCGAGGGGGACUUGACUACAUAA